AUGGCGUCGCAAUCUUCCAUACUGCUCGACCGGCGACGCAGCUCUGGUGGCUUCAAGACACGCUUCGGCAGUAUCAAGCUCGCCAAAGUGCGGAGUCGGGAACGAAGUGCUGGACCAUCGACAGCUGCUAUGGACUUGCCUGAUCGAUUCAAGAGUGACGACGAUGAAGAUGUGGACGAUGGAACUGGCGUGGCUGGACAAGAUGGCGCCAUGUUCGCCCAACAGAGCAUGUAUGGCGUGCUAGCUGCAACACAGAGCAAAGCAAAGCUGCGAUUUCAGCAAGAGAGUGGCAGCGAAAGUGAGGGCGAGGACGAGGAGGUGAAGCGUAAGAGGAGCGAGGACACUGCGAGGCCAAGUCCGAGUGGCAGUGGCAGAACAACGCCCAAGCAGCAUGAACGGAAGAAGAGCAGUGACGGCAAGAAAGAGAAGGGCGAGGAGAAGCGACAUCGGCGGAAGUUGAGUGAGAACAAGCUGGUGCGGAGCUUUCUCAAGCCGAUUAGAGAGCGAGCGGAUUCGAAUGUGCCAGAUCCCAUGUCACAGUCACAGUUUCUGCCUCCGCGGAAGGAGGAAGCGGUUGAAGACGCACGGCCGAUUUCAGUAAGGUCGGAUGCACCGAUACUGGAUCGCAAGCUCCAAGCCAUGGCCAAGGCAGAUAUGGACUCGUCAAGGACCUCGUUAGAAGGACGGAGGAGCAGAGAGGGCAAGUCUGAAGAUGCCAGCAAAGACAGAUCACCAAAGACGCUACCGCAAGUCAUUGCCAACAUAUUCCAGUUCAAAGAACCGGAAGAAGUUGUGUCGGAGUAUCCUUGCUGGUAUCUGCAGAAUGUCUUACUUCAAGGAUACAUGUACAUCACACAGAAGCAUGUCUGCUUCUACAGCUACCUGCAGAAGAGAACUAAUGCCGUCGCAAAGACGGGACACUUGGGCAAGCAAGGAAAGCACAGCUAUCGAUAUCGGCGGUACUGGUUCGUGUUGAAGGGCGACAUCUUCUCAUACUACAAGAGCUCCGCGGACCCAUACUCACCGCUUGGAGUCGUCGACUUGCGGUACGCCAUCACUGCAGAUGUCACUGGCGGAGUUGGGAAGGAUUACACAGAGUUCACAAUCACAACACAGGACAGAGUGUACCUCUACAAAGCUGACACUGCUGAAUCUGCGCGAGAGUGGGUGAAGCAACUUCAAAAGGUCAUCUUCAGGAGUCACAACGAUGGAGAUGCAGUCAAGAUAUCGUUGCCCAUCGAGAACGUGGUCGAUGUGGAGGAAGCGAGCAUGGUUGACUUUGCUGAGACUAUCAAGAUCACUGUCAUUGCGGACGAUGAGACUUUUGCCACUGACGAAUACUUCUUCACCUUCUUCAGCCUCGGCAAGGAGGCGUUGAAUAUGCUGACCAUUCUGACCGAAGGCAAUGAUGCCAAGAAAGCGCUGGCUGAGGACAACGCUAUGAGCCCGCUUUCGAGAGUGCGCUCGCCACCGACGUUCGACCAGUCGCCUAAUGCCAGGUCGUCACCACGACCAAUACAGGAGCCGGUGCGCUCGACGUUGUCGCCACUAUCUGGACGUGGCAGCCCAAGGAUCAGCAGUGAAGGACAGAGACCAAGCAUUGACAUGACGAGACCUAGUCUUGACGGCAAUAGACGCACGAGCUUUGACAGAGGCAGGAGAAGCGUCAGUGCGGAAAGUCGAGGCAUAUAUGGCGUCCGCAGCGCAUCGAAGUCGCCCUUGUCGCCGAGGAUCGAUGAGUCAAUGGAAAGCUUCGUCACCUCAUCGGAGCAGCCGACCGACUCUUCUGUUGACGAAGAGACGAUGCAGGCGAACAUGACUGCAAGCACAAUGCUUGCAGAUGAUGGCGUAUUCCGCGGACCUACACUUCGCAUGCCACAACCUCGGCGUACAGUGUCUGGCUGGACGGUUGAGAGGCUACGUAGAGAAUCACAGCACUCGUCUCGAGAAUCAAGUACAGAGCGUGUGCGUGUUCAGCCGCCUUCUCGACAGCAGACGGACCAUAGACCUGAGUUCAAGCGGACUGAAAGUGGUGGAUCGGGUCGAACCUUAGAGGCAGAGAAGCUGCAACCCGCUGAUGCGGCCGCUCCUGGGCGAUUAGUUCGUGGCAUAUCGACGCCAUUACAGCAUGCUAUUACUGUAGCCGGCAUGGUUCGCUCUUCUAGCAAGCGCAUGGGGUCGUACCUCAGCAGCAGCCCUAAGACGACGCUGUCGAACUGGUCCGACGCCAUUGCCGGUGGCAAGCGACACUACAAGGACACGGAGGGUCUCGCUCCCGACGACAGCAUACAAGACCCGGAGCAGGAAGUGGACGUUGCGGAACACGAGCGCCGCUUCCAAGCACACUUCGGCUUGCCGAUCUCCGAGAAGCUGGUCUCCACGUUCUACGCCUGGCUACACAAGACCAUCCCGGUCUACGGCAAGAUCUACAUGGGCACUCGCCGUUUCUGCUUCCGCAGCUUGUUGUACGGCAUGAAGACCAAGAUUAUGAUUCCGUACAAGGAUAUCAUCAAUGUGCAGAAGCAGAGAGGCUUUCGCUGGGGAUACCCUGGGAUGGUUCUGGUUAUCAAGGGCUACGAGGAGCUUUUCUUCGACUUUCCCUCGGUCGAACUUCGUGAUGAUGCUGCUGUUACUGUGCUGCGUAACCUGGAAACUGUCCAGGAUGCUGCUCUUUCUAUGAUACUGACCGAGGAAGAACAACAGGAAGCCGAAGAUGCCGCUGCCGAGAAUGAACUGCUUCAAGCUGCGAGGAAGGAUGGAAGUGCUGACCAUGACUUGCAGUUGACUUCUAGCUUGAGUGAUCCCGAUGCGCCACCUAUUCUGUUCGACGAUCCGAGCGCUUCGAUACUGGAGUUCAAGCCGAAAGAAUCCAUGAAGAUUACGUGCUUGAGUAUCGGUUCGAGAGGUGAUGUUCAGCCGUACAUUGCCCUUUGCAAGGGACUACUUGCGGAGGGGCAUAAGCCGAGGAUCGCUACACAUAAAGAGUUCAAGCCAUGGGUGGAGCGACACGGUAUCGAGUUUGCAGAAGUUGGCGGUGAUCCGGCCGAGCUCAUGCGCAUGUGCGUCGAUAAAGGCCUCUUCACGCCAUCAUUUGUGUAUGAGGCGAACUCUACUUUCCGACCCUGGCUCGACGACCUACUGAAGUCCGCCUGGGAAGCUUGCAAAGGUUCCGAGUUGCUCAUCGAAAGCCCGUCAGCUAUGUGUGGUAUUCACAUUGCUGAGGCGUUGGAGAUACCAUAUUUCCGCGCGUUCACCAUGCCUUGGACUAGGACCCGUGCUUACCCACAUGCCUUCGCCACCCCUGGUUCGAAGAUGGGUGGGGGGUACAAUUACAUGUCAUACACCUUCUUCGACAACAUGUUUUGGGCGCUCAUCUCCGGGCAAAUCAACCGCUGGCGAGGCAAAAUGUUGGGUAUAGGUCCCACCAGCAUGGAUCGCCUACAGCAGAACAAGGUGCCUUUCAUGUACAACUUCUCGCCAAGCGUCGUUGCGCCGCCGCUCGACUUUAGCGAUUGGAUCAAGGUCACUGGAUACUGGUUCCUGGACGAGGGCGAUGACUGGCAGCCACCGGAGGAUCUGGCGAAUUUCAUCAACAAAGCGAGAGAAGACGGCCAAAAACUCGUCUACAUCGGUUUCGGCUCCGUUACAGUCUCCGACUCGCGACUCCUAGAGCAGCAAAUCAUCGACGCAGUCCUCAAAGCCGACGUCCGCUGCAUCCUCUCCAAAGGCUGGUCCGACCGCUUCGAAACAGAAGCCCAAAAAGCCCUCCCACCCAUCGAAGUCCCACCCUGUAUCCACCAAAUCCGCUCCGCCCCCCACGACUGGCUCUUCAAACAAGUAGACGCCGUAGUCCACCACGGCGGCGCCGGCACCACAGGCGCAAGUCUCCGCGCCGGCGUUCCCACCAUCAUCAAGCCCUUUUUCGGCGACCAAUUCUUCUUCGCAACCCGUGUCGAGGACCUGGGCGUGGGCAUGAACCUUAAGAAGGUCACGGCCAACCAGCUUGGGAAGGCGCUCUGGAUUGCGACGCAUGAUGCUCGCAUGCGGGGGAAGGCGGCGAGUAUUGGGGAGCAGAUUCGGGGUGAGGAUGGGGUGAGGACGGCGAUUGAUACCAUCUACCGUAAUAUGGACUAUGCCAGGAGCUUGGUUAAGAUUGGGGGCAGGCAGGGGAGUGUGGCGAGCCAGAGUGCUGGGGAGGAUCUGUCGGAGGAGAACUGGACUUUUGUGGAGAAGGAGGUGGAGGCGGGGAGUAUUGCUGCUUUCGUCCAGGCUGAGGCGGCGAUGGCGGGGAUGCAACCACAGCCACAGCCGCAAUCGGGGAAGGCUGGUGGGAGUGGACAUGGACGGCAGAUGAGUCUGGGGAGUAUGGUUAUGAGGGGUCGGACUUAG